CUAAUCUGUGAAGUGAACGAUGACAUUGUACGGAACAGCUACAUCCAAGUGUUACCAAGAUGAGGCUACUCUUCUCUCUGUGCAUCAUAUUACUGGUGCUCUGCAUUUCUGUGUUGAGUGACCACCAUGGACAUGGUGAUGGUCAAAAUAAGAAAGGUCAGCAUGGAAAAGAGCAUGGGAAGAAGGAUGAGCAUAAGGAUGGGCACAAGCAUGAACGCCACCAUGGUCAUCAUGGUCAUCAUGGUCACCACAGAGAUAGACAUCACCACCAUGAAAAACAUGAAAAUGGGAGCCUCAGGUUAUACAAAGAGAAUGGUGAAUUUGCCUUCAGUCUGUACAAACAAAUUGCAAGCAAGUCUGACUCCCAGUCGAAGAACAUCUUCUUCUCCCCACUGAGUGUGUCACUCGCCCUGGCUGCUCUUUCUCUGGGAACAAGGGGCAAAACACACCAGCAACUCUUCAGUGGCCUCGGCUUCAAUGAAACAGAAAUCACUGUGGAGGAGGUGAACGAGGCCUUCCACCAGAUCCUCUUAGACCUCAGUAAGAAGGCAGAUGUAGAUCUUUCAGUGGGCAGCGCUCUGUUUAUGCACAAUACCUUCAAACCUCAGCCAGAAUUUCUGGAGAACAUGAAGCGUUACUACCACUCAGAAGGCUUCACUGCAGAUUUCACCAAGACCACUGACACCACAGACCUUAUUAACAAAUAUGUGAAAGAUAAAACUCAUGGCAAAAUAUCAAAAUUAGUUAAAGAUCUGGACCCAAGUACAGUUAUGUAUCUCAUCAGCUACAUGUAUUUCAAGGGUAAAUGGGAGAUUCCAUUUGAUCCUGAAAAGACACAAGGAAGUAUCUUUCAUGUGAACAAAACACAUAAAGUUCCUGUUCAAAUGAUGGCUAAAUCAGACAGUUUUUUUGUUUAUCAUGACAAAGAAAUAUCUGCACAUGUUCUCCAGCUACGUUAUAAUGGAUCUGUCUCAAUGAUGCUGAUUCUCCCUGAGCAUGGCUUGGAAGCAUUCGAGAAGGUAUUUUCUAGGGCCCAUAUGAAGAAAUGGUAUCGACAUGUGAAGGAGACUCAUUGUGAGGUUUAUAUCCCAAAAUUUUCCAUUGAAACGUCAUAUGAUCUGAAAGACAUUCUGACUGGAAUGGGAAUCACUGACAUUUUUAGUGCAGGAGCUGACUUCACAGGAAUCUCAGACAGUCCGUUAGUUGUGUCAAAGGUUGUUCAGAAGGCCACUCUUGAUGUUGACGAGUCAGGAUCCACAGCAACAGCAGCAACAGGUGUAGAAGUUAUGCUUAUGUCUGUAAGGUUUCCACUUAUCUUGCGGUUUGACCGUCCUUUUAUGAUGAUAAUAGGUCAUCAUGAAACCAGGAGUUUACUGUUCAUGGGGAAAAUUGUAAACCCCACAGGUAAAUAAACAAAUAAAUACACCUAAACAAUC